GCGGGUCAAGCCACAGUCGUGGCUGUAGCGGGACUGAACUUUGGGGUUGUGAAAUGAGGCUUUACAAGCAACUUCAAGUUGCUGGGGUGUUUCUUAGGGGUGAUGUGCUGUGCCUUGUUAGGGUGGCUCGUGAAAUCACCACGAUUCUCAACGUACUAAGUUGCCAUGAUGGCGCUGCUGCCUCCUCGCUCCCGCGGCUCGCGCUCAGACUGCCAUAGCCGCAAUAUCGCGUCGUGUUUUCCCCGCGCGCUGGUACUCGCCCUCCUCCUCCUCGUGGCGCUUCCUGUCCCUUCUGCCGCGUCACAUCUCGCCUCCAACGCCGCGAUUCCCGGCGGAAAAGGCGACAAGGCAGCGAUGAUCGGCGGGGGGAGCCCCGAUCAGCAGCAUGCCCGCUCGAACCUCCUCGAGACUCGCGCCUCUGCACGCCGCGCCACCAGGCCCAACCUCGCUGACAGCCAGCUGCGUGCGCUGCUGGACCUCAAUGCCGCCUGGCACCUCUGGCCCACCAACUCCAACCGCUCACGCCGCUGCGACCAGUGGGACUACGUGCAGUGCAGCAAGCAGGGCUUCAUCAUCGCCCUUGAGCUGUCUGAUCUUGACAUCAAUGCGACCAUGCCUCUCAAUAUCUUUUCCACCAUGCCUUACCUCAGACGCCUCGUGCUGGCUGGGGACUAUUUUCUCCAUGGCUCCAUCACUCACCUGUCUCUGCCCACCUCCCUGCGCGUGCUGGACGUUUCCGACACAUCCCUAUCUGGUUGGCUGCCAUCCACCAUUAACUCUCUCCCAGCCCUCACACACCUGGACGUGUCUGACACACCCAUAUCUGGCUCGCUGCCAUCCACCAUUCUCUCUCUGUCAGCUCUCGCACACCUAGACAUCUCCGAUUCUUCUAUAUCUGGCUUCCUGCCAUCAAAUCUCAGCCGUCUCUCUGGCCUCACAUAUCUUAACAUCGGUGCAUCGAACAUCACUGGCCGAGUGGAGGACCUCUCGUGGGCCUCAGGCCUCACCAACCUGCACACUCUUGUGAUGGGUCGCAUGCUGGGUGUGACUGGAGACUUCUCAGCUCUCACCUUUCUCACUUCUCUCCAUGCCAUGCAAAGCCUCACCAUCACAGACGUCUCAUGGACUGGCGAGCUGCCUGUGUUGCUCGGCACCCUCACCUCCCUCACUUACCUAGACUUGGACGGCCUGCCUACUACCCAGUUCCCUCGAUGGGUCACAGACUUACCAGCCUUGCGAUACCUAGACGUUGGUCAUUCUCAUAACUACCGUUCUGGAGUGGUGCCUCAAGACCUCUCCCGCCUCUCUCAAUUGCAGCACUUCGAUGCAUCCGGCAAUGGGCUCGUUGGUGCUCUCCCUGAUUACUGGACUGCCUUAAACCACCUCACCUUUCUAUCAGUAUCAGAUAACAAGAUUGAAGGCUCCAUUCCAUCGACAUUCUCUGCCCUUACUGCGCUGAACGAACUGUCGCUUUUAGGAAACAAGAUUGAAGGCUCCAUUCCAGCCACAUUCUCUGCCCUCACCUCGCUAAUCAAUCUACUUCUCAGAGCCAAUCGCUUCUCUGGCCCCAUUCCUCCGUUUCUCGGCUCCCUCACUGGCCUCACGAGCCUGGACCUGUCUGACAACGAUUUCACAGGGGCUAUUCCCGAGACUCUUACAAACCUCACCGGCGUGUCUCAACUGUUCCUCUCUAACAACCAGCUGAUUUCAAGGCUUGAGGUGGUCGAGAAGAUGACAUGGCUCAAUACAUUGGACAUCUCCUUUAACAACUUCUCGAGUGGUUUCCCUGACCUUUCAUCCCUGCCUUCACUCAUGUUCCUCGGGGCCGGAGGCAACCAUUUCCACGGGCCGUUUCCUAAUGUUGUGCUGAAGCUCACCAGUCUUGUGAUGCUGGAUAUUGGGCAGAACGAGCUUGAUGGGCCCAUACCCAGCGACAUAUCCAAGCUCAGCAGUCUGAUGUCUUUACAUCUUAACCACAACGACUUUUAUGGGGAGAACCCUCUUGGUCUCUUCUCCUUGAUGAAUCUCGAUUCCCUGCUUUUGAACAACAACCGUUUCAGUGGGCGUCUGCCAAGCACACUAGUAACAGGGUCCCUUGGCACAUUGAACCUCCAAGGGAACGGGAUAUCGGGCCCUCUUCCUGAUUUCGCACGAUGGAACACCUCUAUACAGGGCUUGCUUCUAGGAGAAAAUAACCUUACAGGGUCUGUACCGCAAUCAAUCAGCACACUAACGACUCUGAACUUGAUAUCACUGGCCAACAACCAGCUAUCGGGGCCCUUUCCUACGGCUCUUACCACCUUGACCAAUCUCGAGGCCAUAGACCUUGCAUUUAACAGCAUCUCAGGCUCCUUACCGGCUGGUCUUGGUGCCCUCGUCAACCUUCGUACGCUGUCUGUGUCUGACAACCAGCUCACGGGGAGACUCCCUCCGUCCAUCUGCAACCUCACUGUGCUAGACACCAUGCUUCUCCGCAACAACUACCUUUUUGGGAGUUUUCCUUCCUGCCUCUUUGAGAACUGUUUGCACAGGAUUGACAUCAGCAACAACAGCUUCUACGGGCCUAUCAACAGCAACUUCCGCAGCAUGAUUCCCGACAGCGAUGCUCUUCUCAACAUCGCAGGCAACUAUUUUUACGGCGACCCCAUGCUCUACGCCGAUGGCUGCCAGUUCUGCCCCUCCAAGAUCAUGCAGCCCCUUGUCUUAACACCAGGGGAUCUCACCUCCCCUUCAGGCGGGCGCUGUGCACCCGAGGGGGUUGGAGGAUAUACUGAAACGACAAUUGCAGGUGCCAACAAGCGGGGCGCAGCGAGUCUGCGUUUGAACUGCUUCACGCUUAGCGCGCAGCUGGAGUGCACGGCAAAUGAGACCAUGUCGCGGGAGCUGGGGCCGUGCGACGGGCACGGAGCGUGUGUGCCACCGCAGGCGGGGGCAGCAGGGGCGGGGUUCACGUGUGAGUGUGACGAUGGAUACGUCACUGCCAAUGGCGCCCUCGGCUCCACCUGCGCCCGCCCUUCUCCGCCCCCCGCUGCAGUGCUCUCCACAGGCGCAGUGGUGGGCAUCGCUGUUGGCUCUGCUGCCGCCUUUGCUCUCCUCCUCGCUCUCAUUGUGGCGAUGCUCUGGCCCAAACAACGCAGAAAAUGGAUCGGCCUGGACGUUUGUCAGGAGUUCAGCAUGGGGGAGAUUCUGCGAGCAACAGACCACUGGUCGAGCGAUAGGGUGCUUGGGAAGGGUGGCUUUGCCACGGCGUACAAGGGGGUUUCGGAGAAAGGGGAGCUGUGGGCCGUGAAGCGCAAUGAGCUCAUGUCCAACGAUUUCGAAAAGGAGGUGCGGGCGAUGGCGUCGCUGUGGCAUGAGAAUGUGGUGCGGCUGUUGGGCUUCUGCCUGCAUCAGAACGUGGAGAGCGGCCAGCAGGAGCAGAUCCUUGUGUACGAGUUCGUGGGCAAUGGGGACCUCAAGUACCACAUCCAUGACACCAAGACCCCACUGUCCCUGCAGCAGCGGUUGCAGCUGGCGGUGGGCGCAGCGGAGGGAGUUGCCUACCUACACAGCUUUGCAACACCCAUCGUGCACCGCGACCUCAAGCCCGGCAACAUCCUCGUGGGGGAACACUUCCAGGCCAAGAUAGCGGACUUUGGGUUGCUGAAGCAGCUGAGCGAUGCAGGAGAGGGGGAUGACCGAACGCGAGUAGCCGGGACUCCAGGCUACGUGGACCCGGAUUACAACCGCUCCCAAGUGGUGUCGGAAAAGAGUGACGUGUACAGCCUUGGCGUGGUGCUGCUCGAGCUGUUGACUGGGCAGAGGACUAUUGUGAGGGGCACCACCGACAGACAUAUUUGUGAAUGGGCAACCUCCAAGGUGCAGGCGUACGAGUUUGGGUUGCUCAAGGACUCGGCUCUGGAUGCCCCGGAGGAUGCGGUGGUGGAGUUUGCCGACAUCGCGCUCGACUGUGUCAAGGUGCCCGGCUCCCGCCGCCCCCUCAUGAAGGACAUCGCACGCCGCCUGCACGAACUCCUCGCCACGUACUGCGAUGAUGAUGAAGUCUCCAAUGCUGACCCCCAGCAUGCUCACGGAGGAAAGGAUGGUGGAGAGUGAGCUGUCAGAGGAACAAAGUGGAGUGUCGACCCAGGUUAGGUCAAAUAGGUGGCACACGUAAUAGGCAAUCUUCACAAACUAGCAUGCCUUGAGUUAAAAAGGCCAAGAUUUCAGUGGCUCUGCUGCGUGUUUCUCUGUUUGUGCUGACUCUUGAGCACUGCAGUUUUACAAGGAGAGCGUUAGAUUCUUUGUUUCAAACUGGCUUCGGUGUUAUCGGCAAUGAGACUACAUGACCGCUGAAAGAACAGGCAGACCCGUCUGAUUUUUUUGUU